AUGGCUGAUCUUUACGAGGCUAGAGUUAGUUCUGGCGGUUUGUCGAGGCCUUCAGACACGGAUUUUUUGGAUAGUAACGACAACUUUGAUGAUUUGGACGAUGACUUCCUUGACAUAUACAACUUGAGCUGGAGGCAACGUAUUGUUCAACAUGGGAAACGGCAUUUAAGAAAUGGCAAGGAUAAGUUUAAUGCGUUGAGCAGACGAAAGAAGGCUCUUGUGGUGUUUUUAGGGGUCCUUGAAAUCAUAUUAAUCUUUAUCACAGUAGUUAAAAGGGAAGCGAUAAUGAAAGGGUUGGUGGAUGCCUCUAAUGAUCUGAGACAGAAAUGGUACACACCUCUAGUUCUAAUGCUACUUAUAUUAGCGGUUUCGUUCCCGCCAUUGAUCGGAUACUCAUUUUUAUCUCUCUCUACAGGUUUGAUCUAUGGGCUUUCCUUCAAGGGUUGGUUCAUUCUUGCCAUGUCCACUGUGAUUGGAUCAGUUCUCUCAUUCACAGUAUUCCAGAGAUUGUUGCAUUCCCAUGCUGAGAGAUUGAUCAGAAUGAAUCCCAAAUUAGAAGCUGUAUCAUCGGUAUUACAAGGUAAUGACAGCUAUUGGAUGAUUGCUCUUAUUAGACUUUGUCCGUUCCCAUAUUCUUUCAUUAACGGUGCGAUAGCUGGUAUUUAUGGAAUCUCAAUCAAGAACUUUGCCAUUGCUAACAUCAUCACCACACCAAAAGCGGUUAUUUAUCUCUUCGUUGGUGAAAGGCUCAAAAACAUGGGAGAAACAGACUCGGGUUCUACAAGGUUAAUCAAUUUCAUCUCUAUUCUAUUGGCUAAUGGAUUUUUAAUAUUAACAACGUGGUUCCUCUAUUACAGAUUCAAAAAGAGAUACUUAGAACUACAAUCUGAACAGCAAAACUCUUUUGACAUCUUUUAG